AGUUUUCUUGUAAAAUAUUCUUUUGAUUCUCUUACAGUAUGCUGGCGGUGAUUUAUUAAAUGAGAAUAUGGCCGUGUCGUUCUCCGAGCUCCACACCGUCGAUGGGCUCAAGGCCCUCGAGAAGCACCUCACCGGCAAGACCUACAUCUCCAGGGAGCAGAUCAGCAAGGACGACGUCAAGGUGUUCGCGGCGGUGCCUUCGAAGCCGGGCGCAGAGUUCUCGAACGCUGCACGCUGGUACGAAACUGUCGCCGCGGCUCUUGGUUCAAGGUUCCCGGGCAAGGCUGCUGGAGUUAACCUGUCUGUAGCAGGUUCAUCAUCGGCCCCUGCUGCCGAGGCAUCCAAGGAUGCUGAGGAUGAUGAUGGCUUGGAUCUUUUCGGCGAUGAGACCGAGGACAACAAGAAAGCAGCAGAGCGUGCAGCUGCCAAGCCUGCCAAGAAAAAAGAAAGCGGAAAAUCCUCUGCUUUGAUGGACAUCAAGCCAUGGGACGAUGAAACUGACAUGCAGAUUUUGGAGGAGAAAGUCCGUGGUGUUCACAUGGAGGGUCUCACUUGGGGUGCAUCAAGGCUUGUUGCUGUUGGUGGCAUCAAGAAGCUGCAGAUCAUGAUGACGAUUGUGGAUGAUUUUGUGUCGGUCGCCGACCUCAUCGAGGAGGUCCUCUGCGCGGAGCCCAUCAACGAGUAUGUCCAGAGCUGUGACAUUGUGGCCUUCCACGAGAUCUAAGAUUCUCAGACCAUCCACUUGUUCUUGCUGCAUACUUGGAAGUGGGGAUUGGCUGUUUGAUCUGGAAUCAUUUUCCGUCCCCUCUUACAGAAACAGAAAUGCUACUGGUUUUAUUUUUGAGUGCUAUCUUGAGUAAUUCAGUCUU